CUGCAAUUCCCAGGAAGCCCCAUACUGCUGAUCAUCCAAUCAGCGGUAUGUAUAAGCUAUCGCGAGACUUUCAAAAAAACUUCAUUCUAUAAGCUCAUGGGAAUGAGGCUGGGUAACCCUUUUCGCCAAGAUGGCGCCGAAAGCGAAGAAGGAAGCUCCUGCCCCUCCCAAAGCCGAAGCCAAAGCGAAGGCCUUGAAAGCUAAGAAGGCAGUGCUGAAAGGUGUCCACAGUCACAAAAAGAAGAAGAUCCGAACGUCACCCACUUUCCGGCGGCCCAAGACCCUGCGGCUCCGGAGGCAGCCAAAAUAUCCUCGAAAGAGUGCACCCAGGAGAAACAAGCUUGACCACUAUGCUAUCAUCAAAUUCCCACUGACCACCGAGUCAGCUAUGAAGAAAAUAGAGGACAACAACACGCUUGUGUUCAUUGUGGAUGUUAAGGCCAACAAGCACCAGAUCAAACAGGCCGUGAAAAAACUCUAUGAUAUAGAUGUGGCCAAAGUCAAUACUCUGAUACGGCCUGACGGAGAGAAGAAGGCAUAUGUUCGCUUGGCUCCUGAUUAUGAUGCUCUAGAUGUUGCCAACAAGGUAAGCACAGUCACUUCUGUCUAGAUACUACAUCUACAUCAAAAUCUGCCUUACUAUCUCUAACAAGCCCCACCCUCCUGUUCUGUCAUCCCAGCUCGCUUUACCUUAAGGAGUUCAGCUCCAGUAAUUUAGCUCCCUUUUUUGUUUUUCAGAUUGGGAUCAUCUAAAGUGAGUCCAGAUGGUUAAUUCUAAAUAUAUACUUUUUUUCCACCAUAAA